AUGUCAACGCGGCUUGUUUUUCAACAAUGUGUUGGCGAAUGUUCACAAAUUCAGGAAAUAAUUGCAUCAAUUUUAGGUAUAAAUGAUAAAUCUUGUAGCAUCGACGCAAAGAGGAAGCUAUUUGACAACUUACAGUCAGAUGCGCGAAAGCAUUUGUCUAAUUUGAAGUCAUUCAUCUCCAAGUUAGAUCAAACUUUUGAAUUAACGCCAUCUCCAGAAAAUAUCAAAAAGCUCAAAGCUGUAGAAGGUCAAUAUGCAUCUAUUCAGGAAUCUUAUCGAAAAGCCAUUUAUACUACAAGUAAAAGUCUGGAGAUAGCUGAAAGAACCUCCCUUAUCUCAGAAUCUCGGCGCACUAAUGGAGGCGACAUUGAUCUUCGAAAUCAACUUCAAGCUUCACUCGAGCUUACAGCUGACAUGCGAGUUCAUGCCCGUCGAUUGGCUGAAGAGGUUGCCAGAGGUAGCGCCAACGCUGAAAUGGUUGAUGAAUCCUCAAAUCAAGUGGAAACCAAUCUUCGUGGCUUGAAAGAAAUGGGAGGUCAACUAAAUAUUGCUUCCCGCUUGGGGGCUCGUCUUUCUAAAAGAUUUUUCAUUGACUGCUUCAUCUUCCUUCUGGUUUUCGGAUUUUUCUAUCUUUCAGUUGCACAUAUCGUACUGAAAAGGCUCUAUCUGUAUCGGCUCUUUGGAAUGUGA